AUGACGCAGACGGCGCCCGCCAAUUGGCGGGGCGUCUCCCAAGCCAGUCGUGACACCUCCACAGGCAAGACCCGCCCUUUCUCGUCCUCGUCACGCUCCAAGUCGCAACCUAAGCAGCGUAAUGCCAAGCCCAAGCCUCCAGCAAAACCUGCUCCCUCCGCAUUUGAUUUGGGCGUAGCGCAGGCUCGCAGCUACGCAGACAGUGCAACCCCCGAACAGCUUGAAGCGCGGCUGCAGCAGCUCCUUAUUGUUGCGAAAUUCGCCGACGCUGCCUUCCUCAUCGCCGCUAGCGCGCACUUAAGCACACGCUUCCAGACAGCAGACGUGGUACGUCUCAUGCUGGAGCAAGCCAAGAGCCCAUGCGCGCUGGAACAGGCUGCGCGACUAGUGCGCGACCUUCAGCUCCAGCAGAACGACGCGCUGGUCACGCUACUCAUUAACGAGAUGGUUCGAGGGCAACAGUUCAGCGCUGCCACACGUCUAGCACAGGAGAUGGUGCCAGGCUUCGAGACGCUCUCCGCCGCUGCAGACAGACCGUGCUGGACGCCACCUGCUCUCAUCCAAGCUAUGAUCCGCGCGGGUAAAUUCCGUGCGGCGCUUAAGUUUUCCAAGCAAUUCGGCCUACUGGACACCUUCCCGGCCUCACAGUUAGUACGUGGCAUGCUGGAGACCAGAAGCUACGAGGAAGCCAUCUCCAGCGUCAUGGAGAUGCAGCUGUUCAAGGAUUUCCCCCUUGAAGCUCUUGCGGUAGAGAUGAUGAAGCAGCGACAAUGGGCUCAGGCUGUUAAAUGCAUGAACAAACUAUCGGAUAAAGACGACACGCGAGCCAAGUUUUACGAAGCGUUGGUGCGCGAGACUGCACAUGUUGGAGACUUUGUGACCUCAUUGCGUUAUCUGCGCGAGUUUAAACUGGAUCAGGGCAAUGGAGACGCGACAUUAAGCUUGCUGAGAUACCUGGUGGACGCUAUGGUCGCACACAACGAGUUCUACAAGGCCAUCAAGUACGCGAUCAAGUUCAACUUGGCCAAGAACCCGCUGGACGAUGCAGUUGCAGCUGCUGAAGCUGCACUUGCUGCUGCGAAUGGAGAGGAGGCUCCCUUGAAAGAAGAAGACAAUACCGAGUAUCUACCGCAGUAUAAUGUGGAGCUUUUGAUUCGCAAGGCUAUUGGAGGAGGACAGUUCCAUGUGGCGACCACAUACAUUAAGAGAAUGCGUCUUCGAGAAAAGUUUGUGGAUGAGCUUGUGGCGAUUGAGAAGGCGCAACAGAAUCGACUAUUCGAGUUCCGACAGUACGCACAGCUGCGACUGGCACAAUUCCAAGAUCCUUCCGUCCAAAAGAGUCUUAACACUCUGCUGGGUGACCAAGCGGAGGAUCAAAUGGUUGAACUCGAACCAGUGGAGGUGGAAAUCGUCCUCUCAGAGGAAGUGGAGGUCUAUUCGCGUAAGAAGAAAGCACAGCAAGUCGAUGAAGAUGCGAAUGAGACCAAAGAAAGCGAAGAGACAGAGGAGACGACUCCAACUUCAGAAGACAAACCUGUCGAGGAACAGCAGCAGCCGUCUGUGUCUGCUGAGACUGCAAGUCAGUCUCGCUUCGGCUUUGCUCGGGCUGCGUCAUCAGCACAGCCGCCACCCCCGAAUGUUCCUGACUCUGCAGAGGAAGUAUCUGUCGAGGAUAGCCAGUCUCGCAGUCAGUCGGCGCCGCCCAGUAGAUCUGCACCUCCUCCUGGCUUGUCCAGACCUUCCGAUGGGGAAUCGACUCAAGCCACCACGCAAGAGAGCGCUGGCAGCUUUAAUUUUUCCAAUUUUGCGAAGUCUGUACAAGUCAGCGGUCCGCCUCCACCUCCCAACUCUGCUCCGUCGUCGCAGCCACUUCAGCAGCCUCCACAGCCUCCUCAUCCGCCACAACAGCAACCAUUUUUGAACCAACAGCAGAGCCAAGCGAUGUUCGCUCGUCCGAUGGCCCCGAUGCCGAACAAUCAGUUUGCGGGUGGUCCGCCGGGAUAUCCCAUGCCUCCGAUGAUGCCGCAGCAAAACCCCAUGUACUUCCCGCGAGGAAACAUGCCGCCUGGAGCGAUGCAGCCACCCGGAUACCCACAGCCUCCACCCCCUCCACCCGCGUCAAACAAUGGUGGAGGUGCGUUCGAUGUCGCAUCGCUCGCCAUGCAGUUCCACAGCAAUGGUUCGUCUGGUUUUGGUGGCUUUGGCGGGCCACGUCCUCCCAUGAGCUACCCUGGAGCCCCACCGAAUGGCCAGCAACUCUUCCCAGGAAUGCCGUCAUUCGGUGUCCCUCCGCCACCGCCGCAAUCCACCUUCAAGCCCAGUAUGUCGUACACCUCGGUCACUACGACACGCCAGAAGAAGUAA